AUGUCUUACGAGCUCGAGUACAGCCUCGCACUGGCCAUUGACAACGAGCAGGCCUCUGGCACAAGUCAAGAGGCUGUUCUCAACAAUGGGAAUAUUGCUCUGGUCAACAUUCGCCAGCGUUUUGACGUUAGUAACUUCGAGAUUCCGCGGGCAACUAGACUGCUAGAACGCCUCUUCACCCUGGCCAUCCUUAGAGAACAGGCCGCAGGCAACAUCGACAUCCCAUCGCGCAUUACCCGACUUACUAAUACUUGGGAACGAAUUGCCGCUCGACUUGGACGAAACGAGACACCGUUUCCCUCCAACGGCAACGGGAACAGCAAUGACAAUGCCGAUACCAACGUCAAUAGCGAUACCGACACCAGUGGCAAUAGCAACGACAAUACCAACGAUAACGAUGCCCAUGAGUCGCAGUUUAGCAUGACUGAAUCCACCGGAUCAGGCGCAGCCAUCGCUCAGGCUGUCGCCGUGUUAGCCCCUCCUGCCAUGCCAGCAGUUGCUCUAAAUGCCACUGCGCCUGCCAGGCGACGAUAUGACAGGAAGCGCGGCAAGGACCGGUAUGGGUGUGAGCUCUGUGACCAGCCCCGGCACUAUACUUCCAAGUGUUCGCUUGACCGGCACAAGAAGAAACACCAUGGGGUUCCGACCCCGGGCGACCUCCGCAAGGAGAGGAAGCUGACUGCAGAAGCGGUCUUAGGGGCUCGGGCCGAUGGAUACCAGGCCGAUGAAUACCAGACCGCUGGAGAUCGGGAUGCGGAUGAUGGGACCGUUAACGAGGAAACUGGAGACGAGAUGGACUUGGAGUGA